GUUCACCUGCGGGUCACUAAUUAUUCACCUCGCCCAACCUUUUAUUCUUUUUCUUUUCCCCUAAUUUUCAUUGAUUUUGAUUUUUCCAUCUUUUUUUUUUUUUCCGUCAUAUUUCUUCACUUUCAUUCUCCACAGCCAUCGGGUCUCUCUCUGCUUUCACAUUCUUCAAAGCUGAAACGGCGCCAUUUCAGUUCCCGACUCACUAUCUGUCUGACCCUUCUUCUGUCAAAGACGCGUUUCCAAAUAUUACUGAAGAGCUUAACCAAAUUCUCAGUUUUAACGCGGAGAUCUUUGUUAUAGCUAACAAAAGUGAUCCAGAAAGAAUAAUCCAAAAGAGUCCACAGGUGGGAGGAAGCUGACCGGUUUUGAUGAGACUUGGACAAAUUAAAGCUUUUAGAGGAUGAAAGGAAGCUUUUUUAUAUUCAGGGGUAAAGAACUCUCUCUUGUUCUCAUUGUUCUUGUGUCCAUAACCAUUUUUCUAUGGGCAUGGGAUAGAACUCCGCUUCUUAGUGCCUUUCUCCCACCCAAAAAUCAGUUGCUGCAGCUCUAUGCAGAAAAUCCCUUAAGUGUAGCAGAAGGAUUACCAAAACACAAGCAGGGUCCGAAAUCAGAGAAAGGUAGCAGUGCCAAUAAUUCCACUAUCCUGAGAGAAGUAAGAGGAGAUGACAAACUAACUUUAGGGGAAAAAAAUUUGAAACAAAGAGAACAAAGUCUGGAUGAAAUAACACCAGUAGACUCUACAAAGACAAGCAGGGCAAAAGCCUGUAAUUAUGCAAAGGGAAAAUGGGUUGUAGAUAAUACGCGACCUUUAUAUUCUGGGUUCGGUUGUAAGCAAUGGCUAUCUGGAAUGUGGGCCUGUCGAUUGAUGCAGCGCACAGACUUUGCUUAUGAGAAUAUACGUUGGCAGCCGAAGGAUUGUCAGAUGGAAGAAUUUGAAGCAUCCAAGUUCUUAAGAAGGAUGCAAGAUAAAACUAUAGCUUUUAUUGGAGAUUCUUUGGGUCGACAACAGUUCCAGUCUCUGAUGUGCAUGGCCACAGGUGGUGAGGAGAGCCCUGACAUCAAAGACGUAGGAAAGGAAUAUGGGCUUGUCAAAGCUCAUGGGGCUAUUCGCCCUGAUGGGUGGGCUUAUCGUUUUCCUAGCAGUAACACCACAAUCCUGUAUUACUGGUCAGCAUGUCUCUGUGACCUGGAACCUCUUAAUGUCACUAACCCAACCACUGAGUAUGCCAUGCAUCUUGAUCGGCCACCAGCAUUCUUGCGCCAAUAUCUUCACAAAUUUGAUGUACUAGUGCUCAACACAGGGCAUCACUGGAAUCGAGGUAAGGUUCAGGCUAACCGGUGGGUAAUGCAUGUGGGGGGUGUGCCGAACACAAAUAGGAAGAUAGCUGAGAUUGCAGGUGCCAAGAACUUCACAAUCCACAGUAUUGUUAGUUGGGUGAACUCACAGCUGCCUGAACAUCCUCGCUUAAAAGCCUUUUAUAGGAGCAUCUCACCCAGGCAUUUUGUUAAUGGGGACUGGAACACAGGAGGAAGCUGUGACAAUACCACCCCCAUGUCUAUAGGGAAAGAGGUAUUACAAGAUGUGUCCAGUGAUUAUAGUGCUGGUAGUGCGGUGAAGGGGACAGGAGUUAAGCUGUUGGACAUAACAGCUAUAUCCCAACUGAGAGACGAGGGUCACAUAUCCCGGUACAGUAUUAGAGCCUCAAAUGGAGGGCAGGACUGCUUGCAUUGGUGUCUACCUGGUGUUCCUGAUACAUGGAAUGAAAUCCUGUUUGCGCAAAUUUAGUCCUGUAUUCUAGGCACUCGGUAAUGGUAAAUUGCUACCUUCUCUUGGCCUCAUGUGAAGUCACUAUAAAGGCCAAGUUGGUAGAUUUAGUUUCUUGAAUUCAUAGCUUAUCUGAUCAAAUUCUUCUCAGGAUCUUUUGAUAUGGCACUUCACUUCCUGAGAAAGCAGCAUAUUUACAGCGGAAAUUAGUUUUUCUUGGUUGUUACUAUGCUAAUACUGGAGGAAAGAGCACGGGAAAAAGAGAAAAGAUAAAAGAGUAGGAUGGUGGAUACGGGAUAAGUUGUGGAUUUGUAUUAAUAUUUUUUAUAGCUUGCGUGCACUGUAGCAAUUUAAUCUCUAAUAAUAUAUUUUUCUGAUUUCAA